AUGUCUUAUAAUCAAAUAAUCUCCAAGAAAACCAUUGGGACAAUCAUCAAAAACGGUCGGGAGAUUACAAUCUCGGUUGCAACAAGAACUAGCCAUUGGAUACGUCCUGAUAUUGCUGUCGACGCAGUUGGGGAUGCAUUCACUAAGGCAGUGGAGGGAUACGAUGGGGACUUACCUGCUGAUACCAAAGACGUCUGCGCAAGAGAAUCCGAGCAUACGAGCACUGACCCCAGAGACCAUUUCACUGGUGUCUGCUUCAACUCAAAAAAUGAAGGAAAGAGCGUACACUUUCCGACAAAGAAAUGA